AUGGAUCAACAACAACAACAACAACAAUUAUCACAAUAUUUAGAUCAAGUCAUAUUCAUUCUAUUAUUCAAAGAUUGCGCAGUAGAGGUAAUAGAGUAUGAUUUUGAAAAUCGAUUUAGAUAUGCAAACGAAAUCAAAUCACUGGCAAGUGUUUGCAAGAGAUGGUUCAAUACGAUCAAGAUUGCAUUGAAAUUGAUGCUCGGUUUAGGAUUCCAACCAGUCUAA